GAGGAAGAAAGAGGAAUCCGAAGGGCGGCGGGUCGGAGCGGAAGAUCGACGGGAUGCGGCUCUGGUCAAAGGAUCUGUGGCUCUGAUCGACAGAAGGAUAUCAACGGACCCAGAGGAGCAGUCCCCGUUUGGGGGAGAGUCGGUGCGAUCUCCAGAAACAUCCCCUCACCGAGAAUCUCCCGGCCCUUCCCGCCUCACCCUCUGCCCCAGUGCUGGUCAAUUGCAGCAUUAUUUGUUUUCAUUUUAAUUUUCCAACAUCUACAAUAAUAAUGUAGAACAAUAAUUUUCCAACAAUAGUUUACAUUUUUCCCCAUUCAGAUUUUGGUGCCUCUCUUCUUGUCCUAAGGGGAACGCAGACUCCGUACAGACAGCACCCCGUUGUCAGGAUCGACCCCGGGCCUCUGGCGCGAUAAGACAGCAACUAUACCGCUGCGCCACUGUGCCGCCCCUAAUACUUGUUGUGAGAGUGCCUGGGCAAUGUAUUCGAGUUUCCAAAGGGAUUCUACCCUCCAGAAAGAAAUGCUUCCGCAGAUCAUUUUACCCCGUACCGCAAACCUAUGCCCUUCCCUGUGAGGGACAUCUUCAUUCUGUUGAGAUGCAUUGUUAAAUAUUAACGUGGGAUUGUUAUUCAAAGCCAACUUCUUUAUUGCAGGAAGACUUCUGAUGGGUGUCAGAGAAUGAAGAGAAAGAUCGCAGAAGAUUAUGGCUCCUCAGUGCAUCGCAGGCCCUCCCGGCGGCUCGUUCAACUCCAGUUCUGUCCAGUCCUGUCAUCAAUGAACAAAACACGCUGGAUAUUUAUGUGCAGCAGCUGAACGUCAACCGUCCGUGAAUGUUAAAGGAGAAAUGAUUGUCUUGGAGAAGACUUUAAAACUUGUUAUCACUGGUGAAGGACUGGAGACAGAGGCAGCUGAAUGAGUGAUGUUGCACAUCUUAGAGCGUGGCAAGAGCUUUAAUUCACUGGACAGCCAGAGAAGAGUUCCUUGAGUUCACAGGGAAGAGAAAGCAAACACAUCUUCUGUGUAUGCAUGACAUUUGGAUAAUCGACCGCCCAGAAGCAAUGAAUCCGUUUCGCCAUUCUAGCUGCAGGAAAACCGUUAAGCAAUCCAGUAAUCUGAUGAGAUGCCAGCGAGUUCACACUGGGGAGCGGCCAUUCAUCUGCUUUGACUGUGGGAAAGGAUUCACUAAUUCGUCCAACCUGCUGAGGCAUCAGUGGGUUCAUGCCGGGGAGAGGCUGUUCACCUGCCCGGUGUGCGGGAAGGGAUUCAUUCAGGAUGCCAAGCUGAAGAAACACGAGCAAGUUCAUGCCAAGGAAAGGCCGUUCACCUGCUCUGUGUGUGGGAAGGGAUUCCAGAAGUCAUCUCAGCUGGUGACCCAUCACCGAGUUCACACUGGAGGGAGAACUUUCUCCUGCUCCGAGUGCGGGAAGGGUUUUAGUCGCUCAUCUAGCGUGGUGAGACACCAGCGGAUCCACACUGGGGAGAAGCUGUUCGCCUGCUCCGAGUGUGGGAAAGGAUUCAACCAGUUAUCCCAGCUGCAGAUACACCAGCGGAUUCACACUGGGGAGAGGCCGUUCAUCUGCUCCAACUGUGGGAAGGGAUUCACUGAGUCAUCUUCCUUAUUGAUGCACCAGCGGAUUCACACCGGGGAGAGACCGUUCCCCUGCUCCGAGUGCGGGAGGCGGUUCACUCACUUAUCCAACCUGCAGACACACCAACGGAUCCACACCGGGGAGAGGCCAUUCACUUGCACGCACUGUGGGAAGGGAUUCACUGAGUCGUCUUCCUUGCUGAUGCACCUGCGGAUUCACACUGGAGAGAGACCCUUCACCUGCUCUGACUGUGGGAGGGGAUUCGCUCAGCUGUCCAACCUGCUGACGCACCAGCUCAUUCACAGUGGGAAGAGGCCCUUCACCUGCUCCGAGUGCGGGAAAACAUUCAGUAAUUCAUACAACCUGCUGACGCACCAGCGGAUUCACACCGGGGAGAGGCCGUUCACCUGCGCCGAGUGCGGGAAGGGAUUCACUGACGCGUGCAAUCUGCUGAGACACCAACGCAUCCACACCGGGGAGAGGCCAUUCACCUGCUCUGAGUGUGGGAAAGGAUUCACCGAGUCAUCAGCCCUGCUUAUGCACCAGCGGAUCCACACCGGUGAGAGGCCGUACACCUGCUCUGAGUGCGGGAAGGGGUUCACUCAGUUAUCCAACCUGCAGACACACCAGCGGAUUCACACAGGGGAGAGGCCCUUCGCCUGCUCAGAGUGUGGAAAAGGCUUCACUGACUCGUCCUCCUUGCUUAUGCACCAGCAGAUACACACCGGGGAGAGGCCGUAUACCUGCAUGGAGUGUGGGAAGGGAUUUACUCAGCUAUCCAACCUACAGACGCACCAGCGAAUCCACACUGGAGAGAGGCCGUUCACCUGCUCCGAGUGCGGGAAGGCGUUCAGUCAUUCAUGCAAUUUGCAAACACACCAGCGCAUUCACACCGGGGAGAGGCCGUUCACCUGCUCCCACUGUGGGAAAGGAUUCACAGACGCAUCCAACCAAUUGACCCACCAGCGGGUCCACACUGGGGAGAGGCCGUUCGUCUGCUCUGACUGCGGGAAGGGCUUCACUGAUGCGUCCAACCUCUUGACCCACCAGCGGGUCCACACCGGGGAGAGACCUUUCUCCUGCUCCGAGUGCGGGAAGGGCUUCAGCCAGUCAUCCAACCUGGUGAUUCACCAGCGGGUUCACACCGGGGAGAGGCCGUUCUCCUGCUCCGACUGUGGGAAAGGAUUCAAUCAGUUAUCCAACCUGCACAGACAUCAGCAGAUUCACACUGGGGAGAGACCCUUCAACUGCGAUGAGUGCGGAAAGGGCUUCGCUUCUUCCUCCAGCCUCCUGACCCACCAGCGGCUCCACACCGGCGAGACGCCCUACGUCUGCGCGCAGUGCGGGAAGGGCUUCACCCGGUCCUUUGACCUGUCGGCCCACAGGAGGGUCCACACCGGGGAGAGGCCGUACGCCUGCACCGAGUGCGGGAGGGCGUUCGCCCGCUCCACCAACCUGCUGACCCACCAGCGCAUCCACACCGGGGAGAGGCCGUUCAUCUGCCCCGAGUGCGGGAAGGGGUUCGCCCGCUCGUUCGACCUGGUCACUCACCGGCGGACGCACACCGGCGAGAGGCCGUUCGUCUGCUCCGAGUGCGGGAAGGGCUUCGCCCACUCGGUCAACCUGAUCACACACCGGCGGGUCCACACCGGCGAGAGGCCCUACGUGUGCGCCGAGUGCGGCAAGGGCUUCACCCAGGCGUCCCACCUGGUGACCCACAAGCGGAUCCACACCGGCGAGAGGCCGUUCAUCUGCUCCAAGUGCGGGAAGGGCUUCACCCUGGCCUCCCACCUGGUCAGGCACCACCAGCUCCACACGGGGCGCAGGCCGUUCAUCUGCUCCGAGUGCGGGAAGGGGUUCGCCCUGGGGUCGCACCUGGCCACGCACAAGCGCAUCCACACCGGCGAGAGGCCCUACGUCUGCUCCCGGUGCGGCAAAGGAUUCACCCAGGCCCCGCACCUUGUGACGCACCAGCGGACCCACGACAGGGAGACGGAGACGCUGCUGAUUUGCUCCGACUGUGGGAAGGUGUUCACCUCUUCCUAUUCCUUGCUGACCCACCAGCGGAUUCACAGCGGGGAGAAGAAUUAACACACAUACACGCAAGCGGUUUAAUUCAAAACAUGUGAGCUGACAAGUGAUAGAAGCGGGGCAUGGACACCAGGAACCGCAGAUGCUGGUUUAUUUAAAAAAAACAAACAGUACUGGAGUAACUCAGCGGGUCAGGCAGCGUCUCUGGAGAAACAAUGAAAUGCAGAUGCGGGUUUACAAUAAAAAAGACACAAAGUGCUGGAGUAACUCAGCAGGUCAGGCAGAAUAUCUGGAGAUCUUGGAGAGGCCCCAUUUCGGGUUCGGACCCUUCUUCAGUGAUGAAAGCAUUUGCAUUCUACACUUACCCCUGCUAUUGAUCACACUCAAGUUUGGACCCCUGGUUGCUGGGCACAGCUAUAGUUCCUGCUGAUGACAACAUUCCUGGAAUUUUAAGGAAGCACAAGGAACUGCAGGUGCUGGUUUACCAAAAAAAAGACACACAAAGUGCUAGAGUAACUUAGCGGGUCAUAGCAUCUCUCGAGGACAUGGAUGGGUGACAUUUUGAUUCAUGUUCCAUGCCUAUUUUUGUCUCUGAAAAUUUGAUAUACAGUUACGUAGCAUGGAAACAGGCCAUUCGGCCCAACUUGCCCAUGAAGACCAAGAUGCCCUAGUCCACUUCCCUGUGUUUGGCCCGUAUCCCUGUAAACCUUUCCUAUCCUUAUGUUGUGAAUGGCUGUCCUGGCUAUGGAAGGAAACGUUUAAAUUACUGAACUAACCAGCGGAGACCUGGACAAUUCAACCAUAGAUGCAGUCUCCAGGAGAAUCCAGUGGAAAGGAUGUUUCCAGCAGGGGGAGUCUCGAACCAGAAGGCACAGUCUCCGAAUAAAAGGACGUACCUUCAGAAUGAGAUGAGGAGGAAUUUCUUCAGCCAAGGGUGGUGAAUCUGUGGAAUUCAUUAAAGGACACAAAAUGUGCUGGAGUAACUCUGCGGGUCAGGCAGCUUCCCUGGAGAACAUGGAUAAGCAACAUUUCCCAUCAAGACCCUUCUUCAGACUGAUAGUGGGGCGGGGGGGGGGGAACGAAGAAAGCUAGCUGGAAAAGGGAAGAGGCAGGACAAAAUGUGGUAGUUAAUAGGUUGACGUAGAAUAUAUUUUAAAAGCAGUGGAAAUAUAAAAGAAUCCAAUUGCAAGUGUUGGUUUAGUUGCCGACUUGCAGAACAGUGAAUAUGUGGAAUUCAUUGCCAUAGGUGGCGGUGGAGGCCAAGUGAUUGGGUAUUUUAAGUUUGGGAGAUUGAUAGAUUCUUGAAUAGUAAGGAUGUCAAAGGUUACACGGGGAAGGCAGGAGAAUGGGGUUGAGAGAGAUCAGCCACGAUCGAAUGGCGGAGUAGAAUCUAUGGGCCUAAUGGCCUAAUUCUGCUCCUAUGUCUUGUGGUCCUAUAGGUUCCUAGCAGAGACAACAUUUAUUAAAACCAUGAGACCUUUGGACUGUUGUAAAAGUCCUCCAAUGGACAAUCUCCACUGCCUCCUAGACAUCUUGGGGUAGAGAUUAAAUAGUAGCUUUAUCAUUGAUAAUCACUUCUUGUGCGUUAGUAAAAUGUACAGAAAGAAAUCAAUUAUCUUUUGACCCGAGUUUCAAACCUUAACCUUUCAGUAUUGAUCAGCUGAGGUCUCUGUGUUUAUACCAGGCUGUUUCAUGUCAGAUGUGGAGUGCCAGUAGGUAUGGCGGUCCAUGUCAAUGGCAGCAGGUUUAGCUGCCCUGCUCAGAGACACAUGAUACAAUAGUUCAAUAUAGACUUCAUUGUCACAUGUACCACGGCACAGUGAAAUGCUUUGUUUUACUUACAAUCCAGUAAAAUCAUACUGUACUCAAGCACAAUCAUACAUAAAGUGCAAGAGUGCAAUAACUUUACUUUAGAUUUUAGAGAUACAGCGCGGAAACAGGCCCUUCUGCCCAUCGAGACUGCGCCAACCAUCGAUCUCCGUACACUAGCACUAUCCUACACACUGGGGGACAAUUUACAAUUUUACCAAAGCUAAUUAACUUGCAAAUCUGCAUGUCUUUGUAGUGUGGGAAGAAACUGGAACACCUUUAGAAAACCAAUUCAGUCACAGGGAGAACGUACAAACUCUGUACGGACAGGGUCCGUAAUCAGGGUCGAACUAGGGUCUCAGGCACUGCAGGACAGCAACUCUACCACUGCGCCACCCCUAACCAUGAUUAAUUGUAAUCAUGUACUGUCUUUACGUUGACUGGAUAGCAUGCACCAAAAAGCCUUUCACUGCACCUUGGUACACAUGACAAUAAACUAAACUAAGCUAUCGAUCAAAUUGCCAUGGGUGAUUAUUCUAUUUGAACGUAGGGCAAGUUUGGGAAGUAGCAAGAAAACUGUGAACAGGUUUGAUCAGCUGUAUGUCAGGGAACAGACACCCCUUAUUGACGGAGAGACUGAGGAGUGAUCAAAGGCAACUGGCAUUAAAGUACAUGGGGAAAUGUUUUUAAAGUUGAAAGGAAACAGUGUCAAAGCCAAUAGCAAAUUUGUUUUUUUGUACUGUAUUUUUGACAUAAUAAACUACAUUUGGAUAGCGAAUAGAACAGCUAUCUCAGAGA